ACGCUUUACACACGCGAGCCCUCUCCUGAUUUUAGAAAAGAGUCAUGAAUGCUCCAGAUCGUUAUGAGAGAUUUGUUGUUCCUGAGGGAAUAAAGAAAGUAUCCUAUGAAAGGGAUACGAAGAUCAUAAAUGCAGCCUCGUUUACUAUUGAGAGAGAAGACCACACCAUAGGAAACAUAGUCCGCAUGCAGUUACACAGGGAUGGGAAUGUGCUCUUUGCUGGCUACAAGCUUCCUCACCCUCUCCAGUACAAGAUUAUUGUUAGGGUUCACACAACUAGCCAGUCGUCGCCAAUGCAAGCUUAUAACCAGGCUAUUAAUGAUCUUGACAAGGAACUUGAUCAUCUGAAAUCUGCAUUUGAGGCUGAGGUAGCAAGGUUUUCUGGGGAGUAGUAAUACCUAAAAGUCGAUGUGAUGUUGGAAAACUUGACGCAAAUUAACUUGAUCUUCUUUUGGUAUGUUGUGAUGAUAUCUGGAUGCAUGCAAGUUAAAAACUAGUAAGUUCUAAUGGCAAAUUCAAAGCUGUGAUUUGCACUC